AUGCCUCGCCCAAAUGCCAAAUCUCGUGUUGCAUCUAGCAAGACCCGUAAUAAAGCUGGUGUCUUUGUAGCUAAUUCUAAAGAUAUAAAUGAUGUAGAAAAAAACAUGGAUAUUCUGGAAGACUGGAAGUUAUUCGAAAUAAUACAUGACAGCUUUCAAAAUUAUGCAUUAAAAACUAUAGAAUGGCAUAAAAAAGCUGAUAAAAAAUUGAAACCCACUUUUUAUACUGCUAAACAGAUGCGAACUCUUAAUGAAAUGUGGAGCAUAAAGGCACGAGAUAAAGGAAAAGCACCAGCCCUAUCAUACCGUGAAGAUAUUUUAGCCCAAUCUAAACGACAAAUGCAACGAAUAGAGGAGCGUUAUAACGAAUUAAAAAAUCAACUUCGAAGUCUUCAAAAUGCUAAAAAAAAUUUAGCUAAAUCACAACCUUAUGAAGUUAUUACUAGAGGUGAAAAAAAAAUAAAUGCAUCGGAAAAAAUUGCGGAUACUUUAUGGAAGGAUAUUUGGAAUACAGAAUAUAUAUCUC